GUACAUUCGCACACACACGCACGUAGAGGGAGGCGAAACGACGCGAAUCCAAGAUGGCCGACACGGAGGAAAUCCUCCGCGAAUCGCCUAAGUACAAUAUGUUCUCUCGCUCGUCGCUAGGCAACAACACCGUCAUGCUAGCGGCCGUCGCCGGCGUCUGCUUCGUCACGUUCCUCUGCAUCAUCAUCGGUCUCAGCGUCGCGCUCGCCAACGCGUCAACUGACGACGCAACGAGCGUCGACUACGAGGAGUGCGUCAACGCCGACUGCCUGAUGCAGGCGGCACACAUGGUCGGCUACAUAAACGCCAGCGUUGACCCAUGCAACAGCUUCUACGAGUACGCGUGCGGCUCGUACGCCGACAGGCACCCGCUGCCUGCCGACCGCAGGUUCGUCAACGUGCGCGCGAACAUGGAGAGCAAGAUCGCCGACGAUCUGAAGCUGAUCCUCGAGUCGCCCGUGAAGGACGCGAACUUCGAGACGGAGUGGAAGGUGAAGACCAUGUUCACGUCCUGCAUGAACGACUACGAAUCGAUGAAGUCCGGUGCGGGGACGUUCUUGGGAGCCGAUGGUAUCAUCAACAAGACGGGCGGUUGGGCGGUGCUAGCGCCGCUGGAAGACUGGGACCUCGACAACGCCCUGCAGCGAUUACACGUCGACCAUUGGACGAACGUAUUCUUCAGAUUCCAGGUUGUGCCCGACGAACAGGACUCAAAGAAAAAUAGGAUUUUGGUGAGAUUGCUACUAUUAUAUAUAUCUACUAUACUAUUUUGCAAGUGUUACCUUACGAUGACGACUACUAUUAAUUGGAACAACUAUAUGACUAUCAAUCAACUGACGUCGGCUGUUCCCUCCAUAAAUUGGAUAGCUUUCUUCAAGCGUAUCUUUGAUGAUCUGGUGGAUGGAAACACGAUUAUAUAUGAAUACCGCAAGGAUUAUUUGAAGGGGAUGGCGGAUAUCAUAGCGUCUCUGAAUGAGAGUACGGUCAACAACUACAUGGAGUGGCAUUUGAUCUGGCGCUACACGGCGUUCAUAUCGUACGAGUACGCUCACAUCGAACGCGUCUUCAACGAGCAGAAACUCAACGUGCACGAACCGAAGCCACAGUGGACGACCUGUUACGAACUCGUGGAUCAGAAUCUACGCGAUGGCCUGGGCGCUCUCUUCAUCAGAGAUCACUUUUAUCUGGAAAGCAAGACCGAGGUUAGCGAAAUCUAUGAGCGUAUUCGAGGAACUUUGAUCAAAUAUGUUGAAUCUGAAACAAAGUGGAUGAAGGCUGACGAAAAGAAAACAGCUCUCAAUAAGCUGACGGCACUAACAACGAAGCUUGGGUUUACUGCCUUCUACAUUGACAACAGCAAGAUGGACGCCUUUUACGACAGUUUGAAAGUAGUUCAUAACGCCAUCUUGGACAACGUCAUCAGUCUUGACAAAUGGCUUCGGGAGGAGACGAAAGAUUUAUAUCAAUAUGGCGAGCAGACGGACCAGUGGCUCGGGCAUUUAUACCACGUCUAUGGCAUGUAUAUAGCGAUGUGGAACCAGCUGGAGGUCACCGCAGGUUUGAUGCAGCAUCCCUAUUACGACAAGCUGCUUCCACCGUACGUCAACUACGGCUCUAUCGGAUCGCUAUUGGCGACACACACCAUUCAGGCUAUCGAUGAAACCGGGAGUAAGUGGCAGGCGGAUGGAUCUAUGAAGGAUUGGUGGUCGGAGGAUACACGCACUGCCUACCUCGCGCGGGAGAAAUGCGUCUCCGAUCGGUUCAUUAACGCCACGUUCAACAUACCUCCCUACGGAGACGUGGCAGUGCGGCCGGCCCCCUGGAUAAUCAACGAAAUCAUUGCCUUCAUGGAAGGAGUGCGAAUUACCUACAAGACAUUUACCGACUAUCCUGAGAUAGGCGACCUGUAUAGAUUGCCCGGCAUUAAUCUAUCUAACGAUCAGGUUGUAUUCCUUUCAUACGCACAGACGAUGUGCAGUCACAGAGAUCCCCACGACCUGUACUUUAGCUUGUUCCGAGGAGCAAUGCCUGACGCCAUGUUCGUGGACAACGUUCUGAUGCAGGUUUCCGAGUUCUCGCGUGCGUUCAACUGUCCGGUCGGAUCCACGAUGAAUCCUAAAAACAAAUGUAGAGUCAUCACUUAAGAAAUCGUUCAAAUUGCGUCUGUUUGGUAAUGUAAUUUGGUAAUGUAAAUGUAAUUUGGUAAUGUAAUCAUUAUGUUAUCAAAAGUAAACAAAAUCAAGCUAUAAUCGUUUAAUACAAUGUGAUAUGAUGAGGAGAUAAAUUGUUGUUGACAUAAAAAGUGGGACUUUUAGAUAAGCGCUUUCGCAAUAGACCGGUUUGCAAUCAAAACGUUUAAAUGUGUGAGAAAUUUAACUAGGACCAUUAGCCCGUUUGUUCGACAGAUAUCGUAUGUGUUAAUACAUCUCGAAUAGACAAACACGCAGUAUAUAAUUAAUACCGUAAUUUUACAGUUUUUAUAGUUUAUUUCAAUUUGCAGUUUGUGCACAACAGAUGUAUUUGUUUGAAAUUCGAAUUUAUGUGAUUUGCACAUUUGAAAGCCGAAUAAUACUUGAAAUAAUGAUUGUCAUAGUUACUAUAAUUCAGUGAUUAAUGUAGUUUAUAAUGUCAGUAAUUGAUAGUAAUAAAGUGAACCAUUUUUAAUAUUAUUA